AUGCAUACUCAUACCGUAACAAGAUUUUGGGAUUGGAGAAUUAGUGGUGAUUUAAAACCAGUUAAAAAUCAAGGGAAAGGAGACUAUUGUUUUGCUUUUGCAUCAUGUGCGGCAGUCGAAUUUCUAUAUCACCGCCAUCCAGAUUUUGGACAAAGAGUGUUGCUUUUCCCUCAAGAUAUUUGGAACAAUUUAGUUUAUCUGAAUCGAGUAAUGGCAGGUGAUGAUGAGGAGGAUGAUGGUGGCUACUCUCCAUCCUUGGAAAUACUUCAACAAUCUGUACCUUUAAAUGAGCGCCAGGUUAAGAUGAGAAUUGAGACAGUUAUACCGGUCCUAAGGAAGAAUAUGGAGCAUGAUGUAUAUCAUUAUGGACAUUAUGGACCUGUAAUCGUGGAUGUCGAUUGGAAUGAUGAAAUGAAUAACAUAUCUGGGGAUGUGAUAUAUCGUGGACCUCGUCUUGCAUCUGUCUUUGACCCAGAACUAGUAUUAAUCCAUGUCGUGCUUGUUAUAGGUUGUGGAACUAAAAAAAGUUGGAAAUGA